AUGCCUCAAAAAGAUAAGAUUACCCUCUUUUGGUUACCACACACCAGAGCUCAGAGAAUUGUCUGGUUGUUGGAAGAAUUGGGGUUGGAGUACAAUUUACACAUGGAGGAAUCUGUGCAACUGGUCAGAGCACCAGAAAGUUACAAAAAAUACUUCCCUUUGGGGAAAGUCCCCAUUGUUCAUAUUGAGAAGCCCGACGGUACGGUUAAAAAAUUUGGUGAGUCGGGAUUUAUUGUACAAUAUUUGGUUGAGCAUUACGACACCACUGGCAAAUUCAAACCAACAACGGAAGAUGAUAAAGAGUUGGUUGACUAUUUCAAUCAUUACUCUGAGGGUACAAUUCAACCGUUAUUGGUUGGUUUAUUGGUAAACAAUGUCGCAGGAAAGUCGAUGCCCUUCCCGGUUAGUGUAUUGGUCAAAACCGUGGUCGGCAAAAUCGACCAAGGUUAUUAUCAACCAGAACUAGAAAAGAACGUGGAAUACUUGAAUGACUUUUUGAAGGCACAGCAUUCUAAGGGCAGAAAAUGGUUUGUUGGUGACAAAAUAUCCGCUGCCGAUAUAAUGCUCUCAUUCCCUAUUCAAAGUGUGAUUACAACAGACUAUGGUGCUACUGUUAAACCAAUUAAGGAAACUUACCCUGAUGUGUAUCAAUACUUCCAAGACAUCACGUCCGAACCGGCAUGGGUUAGAGCUGCUGAAAAGGUGAAGAAUUACGAUCAAGUUGUCAUUAACGGCAAGUUGUGA